AUGGGACAGGCAUCGUCCACCCAACGAGAUCAACGGCCAGGAAACGCCUCAGGAAUCACCAUCCCCUCCUCUCUUCCUAGCGAUGGCCACGGUGGUGCUCUGAACGCUCAAGACAUGUCCGAACAAUCGGUGGGCAACCACCCCCCUCAGGAAGAGGGGUUCGAUGCGAACAGAAACAAUAUAUUCAACUUGAUAACAGACUCUUCGACUCCAAAUGUAUCCAACGCAGCGUUCAGUGAUACGACCAUGUCGCCGAGCACCUCCGAUCUCCGACCACGCCCAAACGCCACCCAACAGGACACUCGCAGCGCUUCAGCCGCCUCCCGAAUCAUAGCGAGGAGACAAUCUACAAUGUCUCGCUUAGGCACUCGAAUCUUGCCUAAUUCUGUCAUACGAGGUCUACUCAGCAGCGAGGAGGAAACACCAGCAGAGGGUCACGCACAUCGAAAUGGACGCAUAUUGAGGCCUAUUCCUAGAUCUGAGGGUCUUCCCAGCUCUGGUCGCUUCACUCCUUUCAACUCCCUAGCAUCUCGGGGUAUCAAUCGACGUCGCUCGAUACGCGGGCCCUACCCUCUCCCACGUGGCGAUGCAGCAUUGAUUCCGGAUUCGCCGCCCAAUCCAACCUAUGUCAACCCGGCUAUUGACGCUGUUUCGUCUUCAGACAGAGGGUGGCGCCGCAGCCCACGUUUAAAUCGAGUGCGAAAUUCGUUGACUACUCCCAUUUCCCAUAUUUUUGGUGCUGCCCCGACUCUGCCAGACACUGAGGAGAUGAGAAUACCGCCACAGCGACCAUUACGUUUAAGCGUCCCCGACGGCGUAGAUCAGUUGCUGCCGCCUUUAGAUCCUAUGGACUUGGACUUGGAGGAGCCCGCUGAACCCGCUCAACAAUCCAUGAACGACUCACAACCUCUCCCACCUUUAUCUCAUGCUAGGACGUCCCAAGGCUUAGGGCCAGGCCCCAUCAGACGCCUCCCUGGUAUUUUACGAACUCGGUCUUCACGAGUCCCACGACGAGAAGAACAAACCCCCUUAUCCCGUGUGCUUCAAGUUGCCGCAGCCGCAAUAGCAGCGCAGAUUUCUGGAGGCACGGUUCCUCCGCUGCCCAACAUUCAAUCGCUUGGCAACGAAGGACUCGACGCAUCGCUAGAAAGCCUUUUCCAAAGUCUACAGCAAGUCACUUCCGCUCAAGACAAUCAGUCGGGAUCUUCAGGUAGCCAAAACACUUCUCCGACAGCAAACCCUCCUCCCUUGAAUUUCCUGCGAGUUUUUCGUUUCGCCAAUUCCGGUAGCCUAGGAAGCCGACCGGGGACUGGAAGUAAUGGGCGCCCUACGUCACAAACAGCCGACCAGACAGAUGCUGAGGAUGGUGGCGAUGAGGGCUCAGAGGGCCGCACCGUCACUUUAGUCGUGGUGGGAGUGCGAUCUGUACCGUCCAACGGCGGGCCACUAGGUAAUCCACAAAAUGGCGGUGGAAUCGGCCUGGACGCUCUUCUUGGUCUGCCAAAUAUUCCUUCCAUCAACGGAAACCCCUCCCAAGAGAGAGGUGGCACUGGAGACUCUUUACGGACCGCGGAUAGUCCAUUCAGGGUACCGACCUCACGGUUUAUGAAUGGCGGUGCAAGUUCCACUCCUGACAACCAUGCUCGUGGCACGUCGAACAUCCACCGAAAUCCGUUAGAACCAACAUCUCCAGCCCUUCCAGCUGUUCUGUCGGACAGUCCUCCUGGACCAUUUCCUCCACCGUCGACGCCAGCUGAGGCUCCUAUGUCCACACUGUCAUCAGGAGAUUCCACUCCUAGCCGAAGGCCCUCCUCGGCAUCAGCAAUGUCUCCAAAUGUCCUACCCCAGGUUCACGAAGAAUCCGGUCUAGACUCCACGCUCCAUUCAGGUAUGCAUCCUUCCACUAGCGACAGCGGUGCACGACAGCGACGCCGAAGUGAUUCGGAGUACGCUCGUCAUCGUCAUCUCGGCUCAGGAGCAGCUAGACGCCACGGGGUGGUAGAACCAGAUCAGCCAACGCCACCCGCCGGUCGAACUUGGGUUAUUUACGUUGUUGGCACCAAUCUCUCGGAGAAUCACCCGGCUUUUGCAACUCCGAGCUUGUUCACCGAUAACCCUACCUAUGAAGACAUGAUUCUUCUCUCGUCCCUUUUGGGACCAGCAAAACCUCCCGUGGCCACGCAGGCAGAUGUCUCUUCAGCAGGCGGGCUGUUCCGGCUUGUCGAGUAUGCGGGAUCUCUGGUAGCGGAAGCGCUCGAAGGCGAUCAAACCAUUAGCAUUGGUGAAACUGAGAGAUGUUUGAUCUGUCUGAGCGACUACGAAGCUGCCGAGGAAGUUCGACAGCUCACUAGUUGCAAGCACAUCUAUCAUAAGGAAUGCAUCGACCAGUGGUUGACCACCGGACGGAAUUCCUGUCCUCUAUGUCGAGGUCAAGGGGUUGCUGAGUCUUCUCCUAACUCAAAUCCUACGCCCGCACAAGGUGCACCUGCGUAG